AUGAAGAUCUGCUGCUUCCACGAGUGCACCAACGCGUCCAUGGACGAUGGCUCCUUCAAGUGCUUCUUCCACCGCAACCGGUCCAUGUGCUCGAUCGCCGAGUGCUGGAACCAAGUAUAUGCCCGCGGUCUCUGUGUUGGCCACGGCGGCCGCAAGUCCUGCGAGUUCCCCAACUGCGUUGGGAAGGCCCGCAGCGGGCAGUUCUGCACGCGCCACAACGCGCGGCUCGAGGCCAAGCGCAUGUGCGGUGUCCCCGACUGCCCUCGUGUCGCCCACCGAAAGGGCAAGUGCACACGCCACGGCGGUGGCCGCCUCUGCCAAGUCGACGACUGCAAGACCCUCGCACGCAAGGGCGGGUACUGCUGGACCCACACCAAGCAGCUGCUGCAAGAGGCGCGCGCUGCUCAAGUGCUGGAUGCGACCAACACUCCAGCUCUGCUGGAGAGCGACAGUUGUUACGAUGCUCUAGACCACUCCAUUUUGGACAUGAUCCUCGAGUUGGGGCCGUCACAGACCAGUGUGUUUGAAUGUACGAUUUAG